AUGUCGCUGCUGGGUAAGGCGAAAACGGCUGCGAUGUCGCGGAUCAGCGGGGUUCGCAAGCUGAAGUCGCCUCGUGGUGGACAUAUUCCGGAAUAUGGUGUUGACGGGCAAAAGGAAUUAGCCGUUCACAUGCAGAGGCUAGAUGAGUGGGGUCCAAAUAUGUUCAAAAUACAGGAAUUCAGCAAAGGGCAUUCGCUCACUUCUGUUACGUUUACUAUUAUGAAGGUUGGCAGUUUUUAA